ACAAUGCUGAAGGACGACUCCUUGCUACUCAUACCCAAUGUGCUGAAGGUGUUUUUGGAGAAUGGACAAAUUAAGUCCUUUACCUUCGAUAGCCGUACAACUGUGAGGGAUGUGAUCUCCUCCCUGCAGGACCGCCUCUCACUGCGCUACAUUGAGCACUUUGCCUUGGUGCUAGAGGCAGGCGGUCUUGAUCAGAGUCAAAAGUUACUUCUGCUACAGGAGAACCAACCCCUGACGCACGUGGUGCAUAGAACAUAUUUCCAAGGAAUGAAGUGUCUGUUUCGCAUCUGCUUCUUCCCCAAGGAUCCAGCAGACCUGCUGAGACGGGACCCUGCUGCAUUUGAAUACCUUUACAUUCAGAAUCGCAAUGAUGUAAUCAAGGAGCGCUUUGGCAUAGACUGGAAAUCUGACAUCACAUUACGAUUGGCUGCUCUCCAUAUCUACAUCACUGUGUCCUCAGCAAGGCCCAAUCAGAAGAUCUCCCUCAAGCACGUAGAAAAGGAAUGGGGUCUCGAGCCUUUUCUUCCUCUCACUCUGCUCCCAACUGUCAAGGAGAAGAAUGUUUGCAAGAUUCUGUCACAGUUGUUGAAGACCUACCAGCAUCCGCCACCAUCUGGCAACAAGGUCCCUCCUCUACAAGGAAAGCUGCAGUACUUACGUGUCCUUAAUGAUCUUCCACCUUUUGGAGGAAUACUGUUCAACACAGUGGGAUUGGAUGAGAAACAAUCGGCCACAACACUACUGGUGGGUCCUCGACAUGGCAUCAGUCACGUGAUUGAUCUGAAAAACAACCUCACAACAGUUCUGACUGAGUUUAGCAGGAUAGCCAAGAUCCAACUUUAUCGAGAAAGCCAAGGGGUGGCUCGUGUGGAGGUCUCAAUACAUGAGGGCAAGCCCCUGGUACUACUCAUGGAAUGGCCAGAUGCCAGUAAUUUUGCAUGCCUCAUCUCAGGCUACUACAAACUGUUUGUCGACCCCAAAAGGAACAUCUACUUCAGGAUCUCUGGUCAGUCUCAUCUGACCAAGACAGAUUACAGAAGCUCCCACCAUUCACACCCUCGUUCUGGGGCAACCGGCUUUCCAAGUGGAGGGCGGAGAGGGGAGGAGAGAGAAAACUUGCAGAGGGAGUCAGGGUCUUCAAAGGCCAUAGCUCCUGCAGAGUCUCAGCAUCUAGGUCUGUGCCAUUUCCACCUUCAAGAGCAACAGUUUCAGGAGCUCCAAGCACACCCUGAAGCUGAGCUUGACAUCAAUGAGAACUUUAUUUCCCAGGAGGCCCCUGAACGGCCCCGCACCAAGUCAGACCCUACGCAGCAGGGUACAGAGGAUGUAGCUGUGGUUCCAGUGAGCCCACCAACAGAGAAUGCAGGAUUCAGAACCCGUUCCCAAACAAUGGCCCAAUCUCAAAAAACACCACAGUACUUCUGUGACUCCUGCAAACAUAGGCACAGGUUGGAGGAUUUGACAACAGCAGUAAGCAGUGGUCGAAACACUGGAAAAUUUUGCUCGAGAGGUUGCCCUUCCAGAAAUGGGGCUGGCGUUGAUCUAAUGGCCUUGCCGCCCCCUGGCAAUGAAGAGGACGAUGAGGAGGGGCCGCCUAAUGGGGUCGAAAAGCUGCAACCACCACAGCCAGCAAUUGCCGCCCCACCACCUGGCUUCAGAGACAACAGCUCUGAUGAAGAUGACUCAAAGAGAGCGAGGAAGGCUCCAGCUGGUGUCAGGACAGAUCCCACAUCUGUGAAACCAUACCAUAUUAAAGAGGAUGUACCUGUGACACUUAUUGAUAAUGUGGCCACGAGAACAGUCCGAGAUCAUGCGCAGGAACUUGACGAUGCCUUGGUAUCCACCUUACAAGCUCUAGAGGCUUUGGCGGCUUCUGAGGACUACCCCCAUCACCACCAGCAGCCAACACAGACUGCAGGGCUUAUUGUCCUCGCUGCCAUUACACCAGAAUCAUCGUUGGAUUCGGGCCAUGAGACCAAUUCCUCUGAACUGACGGAUGUUUCUGAGAUGGUCUCAGCAAUGAAGCAAAACCAAAACCAAGCCUACCUGCUAGCACACCAUAUUAGCAAGGAAAGUCGCCUCUCCCGCCGUGAUUUCCCUCUGGCUAUCCCCGGCUGUACAGCAAAGACAAUAGGGACAGGGGCGUUUUCUGUGGGUCAGAUCCGUGCUGGAUGUCCAACCAAGCAAGUAAUCCUCAGUAAGACUGUACCCUUUAAAGUCAGCCCCAGUCAAGACUCUGGGAUUGUUGGUGUUGUGACACAGCAAAGAGCCAAUCAAGAUUCUGUUCCGAUUGAACAGAAACUCGAAAUGAAAGCAAACUUUGUUUCUACUAAAGCAAACAUCCCUGAUCCCCCAUCUAAAUCACAUGAAGAAGUUAAAGUUUCUGAUGUUUCAUCUUCAGUUUCAGUCACAAAAGAUCCAAAGUUAUCCAGUGCUUCAGGGGAGACACAAAGGCUAAAUCUUCUCAAUGGCAUAAAGGAGAAGUCAACUCCACUUCUUCAUACAGAAAAAGCCUUAUCUGUUCUCUUACCACAAGACAGAAUUGCCUCAGCCAAGAUUCCCCAGACCAAUAACAUGUGCCAAGAUGCCGAGACUGCCUCUAGCGAGACCAUAAAGCCUUCAAACUCGACAGAAUUUCUGCCAGUUGAUGAUCUAUUCUGCACAUGCCCGGUGCAACAGGAAGCCGGGCCCCAGUUAAGAAUUAAAGAUCCACAGGUUCAGAGAGUAGUUGUGUUUCAAACCUCAUCUCCGACAGAUGAUGAGCAUCUUCGAGCAAAAGGCCUUUAUAUGGAUAACAGCAAAGAAAACGUGGUUAGAGUAGGAUUAGAAUGUAGUUUGGCAAAACCUAGUCCUACAGUACAAACCAAGUAUUCCACUCAUUUGUCUCAAACAUCAGAGAGAAAAGAAGGAGGUGAAUGCAAGCUAGAUGGUGCCCUUGGCAAAUCUCAUUCGGAAUCACAGAUAUGCGCCACAAAGUCAUUACCAAAUUUGGAGGACAAGUCACAGAGCCCCUCUUUAGAGAGAUUAUCUUCUCCACCAACUAAAGAAUCAAACAAAUUGGGCAGUGUAAAGGGGAAAUCCCAGCGCACUGCCCCUUUUUUGAGUAUUAGAAAUUUACUUUCAGCGACGUUCCCAGCAAGAAUGAGAAGGGAAACUGAUGAGCGAAGGGCUCAACUGCAAAAGGUCCGUCAGUAUGAGUUGGAGUUCUUAGAAGAACUUCUGAAACCCAAGUCCUCGCAGGGAGAAUUUUUGCCCCAAGGAUCCUCACCUGUACCCUCAGGGACUCCUUGUGCCUGUCAGCUACGUACUAGCCCUGUCCUAAAAGCACCAGGUAUCUCCAGGGAACAGAGACGCAGCUGUGACUGCAAGAGGAUGUGUAGGGGUAUGAGACUACCUGAUACACCAGUUGGCUCUGCGACAGAAACACAAAACAAAGGGAGGGAGAGAAAUUCUCCGAAGACCCCUCCAACAGUCUCCAAAGCACCUCACACUGAAGGUGCUACAAGGCAAUCUCAGAACUUAGAGGUCAAGACCGCACGAAUACGUUCCAUCAGCUUGGAGUCGAGGGAGGCAAGGGGAGAGCAAGCCACCUGCUUGCCCACCUGUACCGCACAAACAAACUAUGUGGAAACACCACAAAACAAGAAGCUCCAGAGGCGUUACAGCAUUGGGGAGCUCGAUAACAGUACGAACACACCUGUUUAUGCGCAGGUAAAGCCCAAAACCAAGAGUCUUGAGAAAGAGAUGGAGCGAGUCAGAGCCACAGGAUUAAGGCUACCGACCCCGGUGGAGCCAGUUCAUACGCAUUCUCUUCAGGCAGACGGAAAAGGGAAAAAAGGUGUGUUUUAUAUUCAGAGCAAUGAGUUACUGUGUGAAAGUAAAGAAGAGAGCGGGGAGGUGCUGCUGACCUUGCCCAGUGAAGACAGCGAUGAGAAGGACAAAUGCUGUUCAUUCUGUUUCUGCUACCGGAAAUGUGAGGUGACAGAGGAGAGCAGUGAGAAGGAUGAGCUCUCAUAUUCAGUUCCCCUUCAGGUUCUUCCAGGCAUGGAGCUGGACUCAAGUACAUUUCCUGUUGUCAGCAAAACCUUGCAGGUUCUUAAUGCAGAAGACUGCAGUGAAGAGGAAGACGCAGAGAAAGAAUCACAGGCACAAGAGAUUGACUUAAGAGCUUGCGGUACACUGGAGGGAAGCCUUGCGCGGGUUGAGGCUCUACAGGGAAAAUCUUUCAGCUUACCUGAUGGCUUUCUAAACGCCCAGUUGGAUGCUAAUGAAUUACUGGCCAUCCUGCGUCAGUGUGCUAACAGCCCAAAAGCCGAGGGUGAGGCUCAUCUUCAGCCCUCACGGAUUACAGAGUACAAGCAGGAGCUGGCAGUGCGCUUCAAAGAAUUCCGAGCAUCAUGUCGGCGAGUGGCAAGCGUGGAAAAAAGCCCAACUUGUAUGCUAGCUGUCGUCACAUCCAGCUUUCAAGUGCUGUGUGAUUUAACCCAGACCUUCAUCAAACUGGUCAGAGGUGUUCGCACAGAAACUCAAAGACAGCAGCUGUUGAGAAAAGUUGAGGAAGUAGCUAUUAACUAUACAUUGCUCCUUCGCGCAGCAGAAGAAUCCAUGGGACAUUCUAGCAGUCUACCGACAAAAACAAUUUACCCUCAAGUGUCCUCCGACACCAAUAAGAUGAGCUCACUCACUCGACCCAUCAAAGUUCUUCCUGCCAAGUAAAGAUAACUCUGGUGGGAUGAUGAUCGAAUCUCAUACAUGAUCAUUAUAUAUUCAUUCAUUGUUUACAUUUUAACUGAAUGUGCAAUGGAUACUGUGGAUGCAGCUGUUCCAUCCCAUGUUUACAGGCCCCAAGGUAGCCUUGUGGAUAUUGCUCUCAAAUGUAAAGAUACAUCAAACUAAUGCACAAAUGAAUAGAAUAGUGGAACAGGGCUAAUCACCCCAUCAGUAUAUUAUCAAAACAAAUGGGUCAAUAUACUAUCAUAUUUUAUAUGUAGUGUAAAUUUGAGUUGUGUCUACUUAGAAAGUACGUAAUAUAACAUUUU